AUGGCAUUUCGGCUUCUUCAACACACCGCAAAAAAAGCCAUGGAUUCUGGAACGAAAAGAGCUGCAAGCAUAUCAAGCGGAAGUGAAUCACCAGGGCCUGAAUUCAAGGCGACAAAGCUUCCGCGGGGUCUGAAGAAGCUUCGCGAUGAGCUAGGAUUCCGUAUGAAACAACAGGCCGUCGACAAGGACAUUUUAAUCUCAAGCGAGAACGGUUCGAAAACCAUUCAUGAAGAAGAAACCGAAGGUGCCAGAUACGAAAUCGAUGGGCCAUUGCGGCGUGUGACCCCAUACUAUUUCACAUACUUAACCUAUUGCAAACUUCGGUGGAGAGACAGAAAGCUCAUCGAUGUGUUCGUGGACGAGUUUCGGGACAAAGAGCCAGAGUUUUAUCGCCGAGCCAUAGCCGCGGGUCAAGUUUUGCUCAAUAAAACGCCUACAACGCUAGACUCAAUUGUCCGAAAUGGUGAUCUUAUAAGUCAUAGGUGCCACAGACAUGAACCAGCUGUUUCUUCUCGCCCAAUAGAAAUUGUGUUUGAGGAUGCAGACAAGAUUGCCAUCAAUAAACCCUCCGGUAUUCCUGUUCACCCUACUGGCCGGUACCGGUAUAAUACCAUCACAAAGAUUUUCCAACAUGAGUUUGGAAAGACAGUGCAUCCUUGCAACCGGUUGGACAGACUCACACUGGGACUUAUGUUCCUCGGGAAAAACGCCCGUGGUGCUGAAUUUUUUGUUAAGCAGAUUCGUGAAAGGACAGUCCGCAAAGAGUAUAUUGCUCGAGUGAAAGGAAAAUUUCCUUUGGGAGAGCUUACAGUAGACGAGCCUUUGCACACGGUUUCACCCAAACAUGCGCUUAAUGUUGUGGACCAUGAAAAGGGAAAGGAAGCAAAAACUCUCUUUUCCAGAAUUUCGUAUGACCCAGAAUCGGAUACGUCAGUCGUGAAAUGCCGUCCUCUCACGGGACGAACACACCAGAUCAGAGUGCAUCUUCAAUAUAUUGGCCAUCCUAUAGCUAAUGACCCAAUUUACCUGAGUGAGUAUGUUUGGGGCGAUUCAAAUCUUGGGAAAGGAAAUAUCGGAGCAGAUGAGGCUAUAGUGGCUCGAUUAGAUGACAUCGGAAAGUCCAGGGCAUGUUCAACAUGGAUUCAUCCACAAGAGGAUGGUGAAGUCUUGACAGACGAGACAUGUCCAGAUUGUGGUGUCCAGCUUUAUUCGGACCCAGGACCAAAUGACUUAGACCUUUGGCUUCAUGCUUAUAGAUACGAAGCGGCCGAUUUACUGUGGUCGUAUAAAGUUGAUUUUCCUUCUUGGGCAUUGGACUCAAAACGUAAGUUCAUGGAGCUUGCUCUUGAGAAUGCCCGUAAAUGCGGCGAAACGCAAACACAGUUCAAUGUUGGGGCCGUUUUGGUUCUUGACGGACAAGUUUUAUCCACAGGUCACUCGAGAGAACUACCAGGAAACACACAUGCUGAGCAAUGUGCACUUGAGAAGUACUUUGAAAAAACUGGCCAGCGUAAUGUUCCAGAGGGGACAGAAAUUUACACAACUAUGGAGCCAUGUUCGCUUCGGCUCAGUGGUAACUUGCCCUGUGUUGAUCGCAUUAUCGCUACAAACAUCAAAACCUGUUACGUUGGUGUUGUGGAGCCGGAUACUUUUGUGGAAAAUAACACAGGCCAAGCAAAAUUACGUGAGGCAGGUGUUGAGUAUAUUCAUAUUCCGGGAUACGAAGAUGAAGCACUAAAAAUUGCCACCUUGGGUCAUCCACAUGAGAAGUAA